AAUUUUUUUCACGAUUAAUUUGUGUCUGUUACUCAGUGGUCAAAACAAACUAACUUUGCAACUUUGCAAUGGAAAACUUGGAUAAGCACUUAGUAGAUUUUGACUGGAAAUUGAAGGUAAACUAUUGAUUUUUUUUGUUGAUUGUAAAAUGAGCAAUUUUUUUAAAAACAUUUCCUGUUCAAAUGAUGGUUUUAUUUCAAAGAUUUCUAAUACGCCAAUAUAUCUUUCGUUCUGUUAGUUUUGUAAAUCCCAUCGUUAAUUAUAAUCUAAAACCCCGAUUAAUACCUGAAAUCAUGAAACUCGAACAUUCACAGUAUAGUUUUAUAUUCUCUCCUCAACUUACCACGGUGUUAAAUAUAUUCGACAAAUACAAAUACGAAGUCAGAUUAUGCGGAGGAGCAGUGCGCGAUAUACUUUUGGGUAAAACACCUACUGAUCUGGAUUUUGCUACUACAGCUACUCCUGACGAAAUGGUAGAAAUAUUAGAAAAAGAAAAUAUUAGACUAGUCAAUAAAGGUGGGUUGAAACAUGGAACUGUAACUUCUCAUGUUGAUGGCGUUAACUUCGAAAUUACUACACUGAGAAUCGAUGUUGUCACCGAUGGCCGUCAUGCCGAUGUUGAAUUCACUAAAGAUUGGAAAUUAGAUGCUGGUCGUCGAGAUUUAACGGUUAAUUCCAUGUUCUUGGGGAUGGAUGGCACUGUAUAUGAUUAUUUUAAUGGAUAUGAAGACUUGAAGAAACGUCAAAUACGAUUUGUUGGCGAUGCUAAACAACGUAUAUCUGAGGAUUAUUUAAGAAUUCUACGGUAUUUUAGAUUUUAUGGCCGUUUAGCUAGUGCACCUGAUCUUCAUGAUGAAUAUAUACUUGAAUCAAUACGAGAAAAAGGUAGUGGACUAAAACAAAUAUCUGGAGAACGGAUUUGGUCUGAACUCAGUAAAAUUUUGGAAGGGACUUUUGGCCCAGAACUUAUGAAAACCAUUUUAAAUUUAGGUCUUGGUUCAUAUAUUGGUCUUCCUGAACAACCUAAUGUGGAUGAGUUUGACAAUAUUAUUAAUCGAAGCAAGGGUUUAAAAUUAAAUCCAAUUACAAUGUUAAUAGCAUUCUUAAAAGAUUCACAAGAUAUGAUUGAAUUUAAUAAUAGAUUGAAGUUUCGCGUAUUUGAUAGAGACUUAGGGCUGUUUUUAAUUGAGUCUAGACAUGAAAAAUGGACUUUAGAUAGAGUGAAAAAAUAUAAAAUCAAAAUUAUACAAAAUCCUACCAAACAAGAUGCUUUGAAAACCUAUAUUGCACAGUUAUUGAUGUAUAACAAUGAAAGAAUAAUUCUUGAAGAAUUUAAACAAUGGACACCAUUAAAGUUUCCUAUUACAGGUAACAUAAUCAAAAAUCACGGUGUGACUGGAAAGAAAGUUGGACUUAUUAUGAGAAAACUUAUUGAAUAUUGGGCUGAUGAUGAUUUCAAAACGAAUGUCGAUGAAUUAAUUAGUUUAAUACCUAAAGCUGAAAUUGAAUUGAGCAAAGAUUUUAGAUAAAUGUACAUUCAAUUAUUUUUCCGUUGUUUUAUUACAUCUAAUGUAAAUAUUGCUCUAAUUUUUUUUUUUUAUUAAAAUAAAAAAAUAUAGUAAUUAUAUUUAUGAGAAUUUACAUUUAAUGACCUCAGUGUAUUUUUUUUCUCCUUA